AUGCAGCAGCCACCAGUGUCAUGCCACAUCCUCCCGUGUCAUGCCACAUCCUCCCGUGUCAUGCCACAUCCUCCCGUGUCAUGCCACAUCCUCCCAUGUCAUGCCACAUCCUCCCGUGUCAUGCCACAUCCUCCCGUGUCAUGCCACAUCCUCCCGUGUCAUGCCACAUCCUCCCGUGUCAUGCCACAUCCUCCCGUGUCAUGCCACAUCCUCCCGAGUCAUGGCACAUCCUCUAGUGUCAUGCACAUCCUCCCGUGUCAUGCCACAUCCUCCAUGUCAUGCCACAUCCUCCAUGCCACAUCCUCCAGUGUCAUACCACAUCCUCCCGUGUCAUGCCACAGUGUCUCUCACAUCAUGCCACAUCCUCCUGUCAUCCUCAGUGUCAUGUGUGUCAUGCCACAUCCUCCAGUGUCAUACCCAUCAUCCUCCUCCGUCAUACCCACAUCCUCCUCCGUGUCAUACCACAUCCUCCAGUGUCAUGCCACAUCCUCCCGUGUCAUGCCCCCAUCCUCCCGUGUCAUGCCAUCAGUGUGUCAUGCCCACAUCCUCCCGUGUCAUCCAGUGUCAUGUCAUACCCCUCCCGUGUCAUGCCACACAUCCUCCCCGUGUCAUCAUUAUCCUCCCGUAUGUCAUGCCACAUCCUCCUGUCAUCAUCCCCUCCCGUGUCAUGCCACAUCCUCCCGUGUCAUGCCACAUCCUCCAUGUCAUACAUCCUCCCGUGCACCAUCUCCCCGCCCACAUCCUCCCAUGUCAUGCCACAUCCUCCGUGUCAUGCCACAUCCCGUGUCAUGCCACAUCCUCCCGUGUCACGUUGUCAUAGUGUCAGUGUGUCAUGGUGUCAUGCCACAUCCUCCCGUGUCAUGCCACAUCCUCCCGUGUCAUGCCACAUCCUCCCGUGUCAUGCCACAUCCUCCCAUGUCAUGCCACAUCCUCCCGUGUCAUGCCACAUCCUCCCGUGUCAUGCCACAUCCUCCCGUGUCAUGCCACAUCCUCCCGUGUCAUGCCACAUCCUCCCGUGUCAUGCCACAUCCUCCCGAGUCAUGGCACAUCCUCUAG